UCGGUGACUGAGAGUUGUAUAGGACGUCAACAAUACCGCUCAGGGUGUCACUCAAUAGCUUUGCGAUAUUCUCUUACAGGUAACAAAUUGUUUCCCUCUUGUGUGUUUAUUUAUUAUUUGCUGAUUCAGAUAUUAUUAGCUAUUACAAGACCAUCGUGUAACUGCACAUAUAUGAAGAUCAAGAAGCACUGUUGCUGUAAGCGGAAAAGAAGAAGCAAAGACGAAGAUGAACUAAGAGUGUGUAUGGUCAGCAGUAUCCAGUAGUAGCUGUUGCUGUUUCCUGUGGAGAGAAAAUGUAAAGAACAAAAAGAAAUAAUUAGAAGAAAUCAAGAGUGACAUUAAAGGAAUAUAAAACUUGUGUAGUUACUGGAUGAAGAAGAAAGAAGCUGUUCCCAUAAGGCAGAUAAUACAAGCAGCAGAUGAUCUCCACAAAUGAAAAUAAUAAUAACUUAUUAAGCAUCAGCUAUGAGUUACCAAGAUUUGUUUCAGGGUUUAAAUGAUCUGAGUAAACUUGGUUCAAAAGGUUGGACAUCUUUGGAGAAUGUGACAGCAGUUGUGACAACAUUGAAAAGAUUCUUAUGCUGGCACCUGGAAGAUAAAGAAACACAAGGUGAUGAUGUGGCUGCUGUUGUCCUGGCCGACAGUACUGGUGCAAGAACCAGGAUCUGUGCAUCACUGAACCAGCUUUUGUCAUGUGUUGAUACAGUCUCCAGACCUGAUGUUAGACUAGAAUGUGGGUGUCUUGCAGUUGCUGUCUUGCAGGAAAUUUACCAUCAGUUGCAGAUGGCAUCUUCCAAGUCAUUGUACAGUGCAGAGCAAACAGAGGAAGAAAUUGGUAAAAAGAAACAACGGGAGAACCAAGCUCCUCCACCUUCUCCCAGCCUCAUCAGUGUGCAGCAGACCAAGGUGGCAGAGGAUGCCUCACGGGUUGCCAUGUAUACAACAGUUCUAGGCUGCUUGGAUGCUGAAGCUUCUAUAUAUGUGAAGAUGACAUUAGCCAAAUCCAAGUUUUUGUUGGGGACGGACUUGAUGGUUGUCCCACAUAAUUUCCGCCACAAGCUUCUGGCUUCUAUAAUGAAGAUCCUCUUACCUCUCAUUCAGCACGAGUCAUUAGGCAUUGGUGUUCGAAGAUCCCUUUUCCCAGAGAUCUUGAGUGCUACUCUGGAACUUUGUUUUUCUCCCAUGGAAGUGAAGACUUUUCCAGAGGAUGCAGCUUUUUUCAGAGAGCAGCUUGAGGUUCUCAUGAAUAAGGUGGACACCACCCUUACACUGCAACAUCUCCUACUACUUCAAGGAAUUGUACAGGGUGGUGUGUGGCUAGGGAAGGUGUGCAGGUCACUGGUUGUACGCAGGUUCUUGAUGAAAGCAGGUGGUGUUAGUGCAGUAGUGGUUGCUGGUCUCACUAUCUGUGACAAACAGGACUGGCGGCGAUGUGAGGCUGUUGCUACGCUCAUUGCCCAGGCUAAAUUUAAAGAUAUGGACCUCUUUUUUAGCACACUGGGACCUCAGCUGUCGGAACUGAUCAAUAAGGACAACCUUCAGCCAGAGGUGUUUCGUGUAAUAACACUUAUUGUAGCACAGAUGGUUCAGCGCUCUGCCACGUUGACAGCACUUCAUGUAACCAACACAUUGAUGCAACCCCUGAAAAACACCACCCAACCAGAUGCACCGAGUUUGUGUGCUAACUUCAACCUCACAAUGUGUGUUGGGAGAAUUCACAAGUUGUUUGUGGAAAUUCCACCUCCCAGUUCAGCCUUGACUAACCUUCUCCGUCCGGUCCUCAACCCUUUGAUGAUGAUUGCUGCGCUGGCUACUACUCGCCUUCGUACCCUGGCACGACAAAUCAUCAUUAGGUAUUUAUCUCAACUAUCACCAGAGGAUGUUGUUGAAACACUCCUUGUUCUAUCCAGCCUCACGACUUGUGUUCAGUCACCACCAGUAAACUCAGCUUUAAGGUUUUCUGUUGAUGAUGAUGGUGGAGUUAAAAUGGAUGUUAUUGUAGAGUCACACAAGAGGAAUGUUUUGGAAGAAGAUGAAAACCUUUCUAUUUGUCUUAUUUCUAUUUUGGAGCAGCUGAAAAAUUAUAGAGUUGUUUUAUUGUUUUAUGAGAGAUUGGCUCUGUAUAUAGACUUUACAUCUCUAAAUGAGAAAGAAAUACCCUCAACAAUGCUUAUCACUGAUGAAGAAGUUGAAGCAAACCAGGUUGAAGCAAUGAGAAGUAUUGUUCUUUGCUGUAGUCUUUUAACACAGUUAUCUGAAAAUGAUCAAGUGACAAGUGAUCUAUUCACGGAUCUGUCGGCUGCAGUACCAGUUGUUCAUACACUUAUAAGAGUAGGCUGUCAAAAGUGUGAAGAUGAACAGUUACAUAAAAUACAAGUGUCACUCAUUAUGAAUGUCAUAAUGCUUGUUUCUUGCUAUGUAAGUGAUCGCACAUUAAGAAAGAAAAUGGCAAGUGAAGACUGGAAUGGGUUAAAAUCUCUCUUGCCAUCCUUGACAGAAAUUGUGCAGAAUAUCAGUGAUGAAACAGUUCUCUUAUUUGUUGAGCAACUGAAGAAUCUUGUUCUAACCCAUGGGGUUGUUAACAGUCAACCUGAAACUGUGGCAAGCACUAAGAAAGCCAACAAAAACACUUCUUCUGGAAGUGUAGAUGUUAAAAAUCAUGAUGGGGUAAACUCUACCCCACAAUAUAUGAAAGGCAACAAACAGUAUAUGAAAACAGAGGAAGAGCCAGAUGUUGAUACUCAAACUGAUGGUGUGGUGAAAAGUGGCCUUCAGGCAAAAGAAAGUAAAACAAGUGCUUCCAUAAAGAUGGAGGUUGAUUCUAACAAUAAAAUUGAAGAAAAUUCAAAUGCACCUGUUAGGAAAGCCGAGAAAAAAAAAUUGACAAAUGAAAAGCAAAGCAGUUUUUCUUACAAACAGGCCAUGGAGGACUUGUUCAGCCCACUGUUACCAAUACGUGGACAUGCCCUUCUAGAUUUAGGCAAAUUGAUUGGGAAACGUGAUGAAGAAACAAUGACUCACAAGGAGCAUCUUUUAUCAAUAUUCCAACAUAAUCUGAAAGAAGAAGAUUCAUAUCUGUACCUCAUGGCUGUUGAGGGGUUAGCUGUGCUGUGUGAUGCUUUUCCAGACAAGGUUGUGGAAAUACUCUGCCAGGAGUUCAGUGUGGGAAAUCGUAGCGUAGAAGACCGAACAAAGUUAGCAGAGGCAUUGACUCGGGCCACAAGGCGCCUGGGACCGUUGUUGCCUCACUACAAAAACCAUUUUAUUAAUGCUUUUCUAACUGGAGUUAGAGAUAAAGAGGCUAUUGUGCGGGCAGCAAGUCUUUCUGGACUGGGUGAUGUGUGCAAAGUGCUACGCUUAAGUCUAGGACCUAUUGUCCAUGAGGUUUUUGGUGUCUUGUAUGAUGUGGUGAAGAAUGAGGAUGCUGUGGAAGUGCGGCGUGCUGCAGUACUUGUGGUGACACUCCUUCUUCAGGGCCUAGGACAUGAUGCCUUUACAGUAUUACAGGAGGUAAUACGAGACCUCUACAGAGUUCUUCGGCUCAUCCAUGCUACAGAUCCAGAUGAUGUGGUGAGGCUCCAUGCACAACUUGCUAUGGGAGAGAUUGAUACUAUCACAAGACAAUUUUUGCUCCCAAAACUCAAUCUUACCAAAAGAAUAUAUGUGACUGAUGUACCACCCAACUCCUUUUAAGAAAUGUUAAGUUUUAUUAGAUAUCUGAAUUAUUCAAAGUGAAUUUAACUACCAACUGUUUCCAGUCUUCCAAGAGGUGUAAUAUUAUUGUUGUGAAUGUAAAAGUACUGUACUCUUGUCAAGUGUCCAUAUAUUUCUUGAUAAAGUACAGUAUAUAUAAAACUGAUAAUUAUGAUAUUUAGUUUUUAUUUAUAUGUACAGUACUCAUAAUACACAUAGUUAAACUUUACGACAACCAGACCAAACCUGAAGGUGAUGUAUGCCACUGGCCAAAUUUCCAAUUUAUACAGGUACAGGGUAAUUAGUUUAAAAAUCUUUUAUCAAAUUGAUGAAGCUGCUUUCUGCCAAGUGACCUUUUGUUUCCUGCAAAGUAAUUCUGGACUGGAAUCCCCUUGACUUUCUAAUUUUGAAGUCUUUUAGGGACAGAAAUAAAAGUUUUAUGUGUUCCAAAACGGGGGUCACUUCCUUUAGGGGCUUAUAGUUGAUAUUAGAUAGGUUAAUGAUUCACCAAUUUGGUCUAGACUAUUUUCUGUUGCAUCCUAUAAGUACCAAAAACCUGAAAAAGUUGUGGGUUUCUCUUGACCUGAGGGAGUGUUUUGCUUUUAUCAUGAAGUUGAAGUCUGAUUGAAUAUAGUUUAAGCAGGUAAAUCUUAACCAAGCCUUUGGGUGUUCUCUGUAGGCAAGGUGUAGAUGACUUUGCUUUUAGCCAAUACCCUUCCAGUCUGGGCUCAUAAAAUGGGAUUUCAGGAUCAUCUCUCCCACUUAGUCAUUAUUAAAAAUCAGUUAAUAUUGUGACUUUAAUCCAAACUUACUUUCAGAUGUAAUACCAUUAACUACUACCUUAGAUAUACUAUACUGUAUCUGUUUUGAACUUUGGAUAACUCGGGUAGAGUUCCCUUAGUGCUUAUAACACUCCUUACACUGUUGGUGAUAAAUCCAUGGUAUCAGUAUUUUAAUGUUGCCAUUACAGUAAACCCUCAAGUUUCGGUGGUUUAACUUUCAUGGGUUUGAUUAUUCAUGGGUACACCUGUUGUAUACCUGCUCAUUAUUCCUGGGCUUGAGAUUUGGUUAUCCACGGUUUAUGGUUGCGUUUUCCUGUACAGUUCCGUGGGACCCUUGUGUAUUUUGUUUACUGUACACGACUGUACCACGUGGGACGCUGCACAUCACAGCAUGCUUUCUCAGUCUCCAGCUUCCAUCAUGGCUAUUAUUGCUCUUUUCUGUGACUUGUUCUUCUUAGUGAUGCCUUCCAAGCAUACAAUGAGUAGGAUGAGUGGAUCAAGUGCAUAGAGGCAAAAGAAAGUGAUGAAAAAAUAAAAAACUACAGUUGCUAGAUCACCUUGCUACGGUGAUAGUGCAGCAGCUGUGGGAUGCCAUUAUGGUGUUAACGAGUCAACUAUGCGCUCAAUCAGGUAAAUGAGGCAAAUAUUCAUGCAAGUGGCUCUUCAAGUGCCCCAAAAUGUGCUGCUGUAACUUUUCAAACCUGUGACAUUAACAUCGAAAAAAUGGAGCACAACUCCACAUCCACCUAAUAUCACGAUCAUCAUCAACAUCAUUUUCAUUGGUGAGUACAGUACAUUACUAUGUUUUUACAUAUAUUUUAUUCAUUGUAUUUAACAUGUACAGUCGGGGACAAAAGUCUUGAACACUUGACAGUAUUUGGCAUGUAAGUACCCGAAGAUCUUGGGUAUUAAGGAGAGUUUUAUCCCAUUUUGUGGUUCAGGCAUAUGUGAUGACAAGUAGUGUUAUUACUAUAUCCCAAUCAUAUAUGUAUAACUCAGAACUAGAUACCAGAUAUUGCUAAGUGUUCAAGACUUUUGAGCCCAACUACAAUAUUACUCAUAAAAGGUAACUCUUCAAGGGUAUGGCUCCCCUAACCCCAUUUUCUCAUAAGGUCUUAAGUUUAACAUUUGCAGAUUUGACAUUAAUGCUGCUUUUGAGGAAUCUAACCCCUGCGAAUGUUGAGGGUAUACUGUACUUAACUCUUACACCUUCCUCAUAUUUUCUUUCACCAACCUCCACAUACAUAAGAUAAAGGUCAGCUGAAAAUUACCCCCCCUCCCUCCCCCCUCCCUUUUUUUUUAUUAAGGAAUUUAAAAUCAAUAAGAAUUUCUUUUUCUCACAUAUACUUACAUUUUUAUUACAUAAGAGAUUUAUUUCUCACACAUAUUUAAACUUUUAUUAAAAAUAUCUACAAAUUCAAUAAACAAAUUCCAGAAGAGGCAACAAGAAACUUCAAUAAAGUUACAGUACAUAAAUUCAACACAGAUACUUUAUAGAAUAAGCCCUUCUCAAUUGGUGCAUCUGAGCUAUUGUAGGCAGGCUAGUCUUAACCUACCACACAAUGUGACAUUAACCAUCCAGCAUCUGUACUGGUGCUCUGAUUAUAAAUUUACUAGUUUGUAACUGAGCAAGAGGAGCAUAACCUCAUCCCAUCCAUGCAGUAUUUGCUGUAAAGGAGUGCAAAGUGACACUGAUACACUACACUCAACAUUUAUGCUCACAAAGUAACAAAAAUAUAAACUUGAGAAUUUACCACAAAAUAAUUAGCCUUGGGCUUUGAGGUACCUUUGGGAAGAACUACAUAAUGUGCAUAGUGACAUAACAUCUUGACACCUGCAGAUAUCAUAUCUUACUCCAAUAGCAUUCAAAGUAUUCACUGUACAUCUUAACACUUCUUAAAUUUGUCCUCAAACCUUCCCUCACUUACGGGACCUAUAAGACAACAAACGCCCAGUUCAGUAUUGGAUGUACAACUGCAGCAUACGGUAAAAAGUAGGAGAGGGCCAACACUAUUAAUAAUAGGCAACACACAUACACACUGACAUUUUAUAGCAUGCUGCCACCAAAUGACAUACUAAUGAUCUUAAGAAGCUAAAGGAAGAAGAGGAGCAUGUACAGUCACUCAAAAAACUAUCUGUACUUGGGAGGGUCGAUGAAUUACAGAAUGAACACUGCGACUCAUGUUGUCUUGGUAGGGUUGUUAAAAUCCUUCGUCUAUUGUGUCAUAUUUUCUCAACACAAUUUUGUAUAUGACAAUUUUUUUUAGUGACUAUACAUUACAGUACAUGUAUUUGUAAUAAUGCUGAGUUUUGAGGCACCACAAAGGUAGACACACACACACACCACAGUGGGCCUAGAAAUUUUAAGAAAGUUACUGUACAGGUAUUUCAAAACUUCUAGGAAAUUACUACUUACGGUAGUCCAGAUUGACCAAAAACACUAGGUAUUGACAUUGUUACCAACACCAUUAGACAAGGUUGCAAAUUAACUAUUAGAAUAUUUCUUUCAACCUCUACACACAUCCAUGUCACCACAAGCACAACUAUUUGGAAAAUUUAUAGUACUAAAUGCAAAAUUUGUAAAUGUUCCACAGCAGAAAAAAAAGUUUUUUCAUUGAAUAAUUAAAGACGAGUUAAAUUAUAGAUUUUAAAACAAGUAGGCUCAAUUGACAAUACUGUAUUAUUGGAUGUCCUUAUUAUUGAAGUCCUAUACACAGGAUGAAGUUGCAAGGGUUAGUUUGUAUGAUUAAUAUUAUAUGUGAAUGUGUUCCAUAUUAUUCAUUUAUAAAAACUUUUUAUUGAACCUAGGAAACUAAAUAAAAAACUUUGCUCAUGUAGCAUGUUAUGAUAAUUUUCAUCUGAUUGAAGUUGGUCUACUUCCUCCAGUUACUAUGUUUUUGUUAUAUUUUAUAAAAUACUGAGUGCCAUUCUUGCCAGUCAGUGAAAAUGGUUUUAUUACUUGACCCAUUAACUACCCUGUAAGCUCUGCCCACUUUUAAGUUUCCAUAUCAACCAAGUCUGCUCAGAGCAACUUAUUGCCAAGUGUAUCUUAUUGCUUCAGAUGGAUUUAUCACAAAGUCUCCAAAUUUUUUUUAAAAUGAAAUCCAAAGUCUAUACAGUGGUUGAGUUAAAGGUAAAAUCUUGAAGUCUUGCUUCAGAUAUACAAUAGAACCUCUCAAGUUUACAUAUCCUUGGGACAAGCAAUGUGGCAAGCUUAAGGGUAUUGUGAGCAGACCAGUGAUUUAUGAAAUGGGCACGGUGAACCUUGGAACCAUGAACAAAAUAUCAGGUAUGUUUAAUACUUAUAUAAUAAAUAUGCCUGUACAGUAUAUAGAAUCAAAGAGGCCUUAUCACAAAUUCUUAUACAGCACAUGAAACUUUUCAUAUGAACAAGAUGCCUCACACUCUAAGAACUCACAAUAAGCAUACACAAACAUCCUUCGCCUAGGCCUCACACUUUUCAUUUUUUAUUUUGUUACGCAACUAAAAAAAUCUUUGGGACCUUUUACACAGACACGCAACCAAAAAGCGCGACAUUGACCAAACACUUAUACUUUCAAAAUGUGACACAAAAAUAUGCCCAGCAUUUUAGAAUUCUUCAUGUGGCAAUGGAGGAUUUCAGAUGAAAAUAUGUUUUGUUGCACAAUAGUUGAGUUUCAGCUCUGAUUGAGUGAAUGCUUCUGCAAGUACAGUAUCUCUUUUUUCUGGUAUGUAUUUUUAAUUAAUUGUGUAUCUGAGGAUGCAUUGAAGAUAUCUAUAACUAGAUGUAUACCGGUAUAGUAUAUGUUUUAUGUUCUUAAUACAGGAAGUCCCCGAGUUAUGAACACACCAACUUACGAACAUACGAAUGAAACUCCAUUAAAUAUUUAAUAUUUAUGAAUAUACGAACAUAUGACCCGCAACCCACACAUACGAACCAAAUGCCGCUUCUCGGAACUAGUUUGUGUGGCGGAAUACACCCUCUGCCUCGGAUGUACGACAUUGACAGAGCAUCACUUUUCUGUUUACUGACAAAGAUGGAUAACCACACGGCCUGUGUGUAAAUUAUUUUUACCUUAAAGCUGACCCUAAUCAAAGCAGACAAUACAAUGUUAUUUAUCUAUUGUAUUUACAGCAGUUAUUGUUCACUCCAUAGCCUAUAAAUUAUUAUGAAUACCGACUGAGAAAUAUACUGUAAAAAUUUUCAGGAAAACAUCAAGUGGAUGGACCCACCAUUUAUGCUUCCUUUUUCGAUUGUUUAAUCUUAUUCAUAUGAAUCAUUAGUUUACACUAAAGCAAUCCUCAUUUACAUCCUCCACCAUGAACAAAUGCACGACAGAAAAAAAUCUGCAUGAAGCAAAGUUUUUUUUUUGCACACUAGAAGUGUGUGUAUUUUGUCGUACGAUAAAAAGACACUCGUGUGGAAGAGGCCUUAAUGUAGCUUCACUUUACAUAGUUUCAGUAUAAUGUACAGCAGUUAAUAAAUUAGGGAACAUAUUCAUAUAAUGUAGCUCUUGAUUAGCUAUUACAUUACAUUAUUUGGAAAACUCAGUUUUAAAAAAAGAUUCUUAGUGCUAUGUAAACAAAUCAUGGCUCUGCAGCUAGCCUAUAGCCCAGUAGACUUGCUUGCAGUCUGUUUUGAUAAGUUUCCUUUUGUUUAUCAAAAGUAUUUAUGAAGAGUAUGAGUGUUGAGUUUUAUAUGUGGCUUUUACGUUGCUGUUGUCUGGUGAGUGAGUCUUAUGUUGGAAAAAUGUUGUGUCCAGGAAUUCCAAGUACCUGUAAAUCUAUAUGGAUUAGACUUUGGUAAGUUUGGAGGCUACUGCAAAUUCCUUUGUGUAUAACAGAAUUAUUGUACAGGUAUGGGACUAUUUAUCCGGUGUCCCGGUAUUUGGAACUCUUAAAAACCGGCAAUGUUCUGGAGCGAAUUGCUUAAAAUAAGCGGAGUAAUUCCUGGAGUAAUCGUGGAUGUUUCCAACCAUUCCCCACUUGUGAGCUGUAUGUUACAUUAUUUGCUAUUUUUUAACUCUUAAUUUUGGGUGGGUAUGUGUGUUUUGUUUUUUUCAGUUACAUGCACACACAUUUCUACUUACAGAAAGUACCCCCAAAAAUAAAAGUAAUAAUUAUUAUAAGGUAUAAAGUCUUAAAUAUCUAUAGUUUGCACACUGUUACUAGAGACACUGCUGCUUUGCUAAAGUGAACAUCAGAAGUGACUGAUGCAGUUUGUCCACUACUUUACAUUAUUGUUUUAUGCUUUCAUUAUUGUUUUAUGCUUUUAUUAUUGCUGUUAUAUGCCUAAAAUUUUAAGUUUUAAUUUUAAGGUGUACAGCCAGUUACAGGCAAUGGCCAUUAUACAAUGGGGUUAGGGACCUAAAAAAACCCUUCUAUACGUGAUCGGUCACAUAUUGAUAUUAAUAACUCAUGGGAAAAAAUAAGGUUCAGUUUCUGAGCCCCUGAACAGCCCUAACAAAUUUUAACACCUGCUGCUGUAAUGAUUAAAUUAUGUCUAAAUUACUAAAAAUAAUCUAUGAAUAGACAAAAUCGAUAAAUUUAUAAAAAAUAUAGAAAAAAUAAAUAAAAAAUAGACAAAAACUAAAAAUUUAUACCAAAUAUAGAUUUAUUUUCAUUUCAUGAUAUGUAAGUGUACAGUAGUAAGUUGUGAUCCCCAGCUGUCAUUACAAAUAUUUUCAGGUAGAUAUAUGUAUUUUUUUUAACUUUGUUACAGGCACACAAUUAUUUAUAACAAGGAAAAAAAAUAGAGAAUAAAUACUUCUGAUGUCCCUUAAGUUAGUGUGCAUCGUGGAAGAGAAAAGGGGGGGGGGGGGUCGGUAUUGGGAUCUUAGAGUCUCCCUACUAGGCCAAGCUGUGAGCUGUGUUAUUUUUCAACUUGCAAUUCCAGGUAGAUACUGCACAUUUUUUUUUUACAUGCUCACACAGUCAUUCAUACAGAAUGUGCAAAUAAUAAUAAUCAUAAGGCAAAAAAACGUAAGAGAAUAAAAAAAUUUUAUGCACCCCGGGAAGUGUGGGAGGGGUAGCACCGUGGGGGUGUGCAGUACCAGUAUCUCAGCCUCCAGCCAAGCUGAGAGCUGCGUUAUUGUUAUUUUUCAACUGGAGACGGGCAAAACCUCUCAUGCAUCCCGCUUGUUCGUACUUGUUACUCCAUUCCGAGAUUGCAUCAUCAUAACUUGGAAUAUUGCGAGUUAUUGUACAUCACUUUUUCAAAGCAACAACAAUGCAGGAAACGCAAUCGGAUAGUGACCAUCGUAAAACUGAUAUUUAGCCAUCGCAUAGCGGUAAAUGGUGUUAAUCUAUUAACAUCGUAAAACUGAUUGAGCGUACGUACAUUAUAUAGAUCCAUCGUAUAAUGGUUAUUGCCUGAACAGAAGAUUUACUGUACAUUUUGGCCUGGUGAUCCAAAUUCUGGAAAAAACCUUAUCCGGCAACCUCCAGGUCCCAAGCAUGCCGGAAAAAUGAUCCUUUACUGUACCUGCAUUUAGUAAGGUGGAGAUAUGUUAUGGAGGAACAAGUUGAAAAGGGUAGGAAAGAGAAUGGAACCUUGUGGAAUUAAUUAUGUAAAAUUUUUGAUACUGGAUGUAUGGUAAAUGUAUCUUACAGUUUUGACCUCUGACUGACAACCCGAGAGCAAGUUCAAAGCUAUAACUAGUGGUUUUGUGCAUUGUGGUUUUUAAGAGUUGAUUAAGAAUGUGGAUGGGCCUAUAUAGUAUACAGUAAUGUACUGUAUAUAUUUGAACUCUGGGUUAAGUAGUUUACAUGCAGUACAAUUUUAAGAACUACUGUACUGUAUAUCCAAUUUUUUUACUGUCCAUGCAAAAUAAAAAUAUAGAUUCAGUUGUACUAAAAUGUAAACUACAAUUACUAUACAGUAAGUUUGUGGUAUACCUGUACAUUAGUUUGCCUUAUGUAUAGGAGUUACUCUCUGCAUCAUAAACUGGGUCUCCAAAGAAGAUGUACAGAAUCUCAUUCACGAUGAGGGAACUACCUCUAUUAACAACAUGCCACUUGGUCAUUUUACUUCUCAAGUCUGGAAAAGGAAAUUUGAGAUUUUAGAGCAUGACAGCAGAAGACCAGAAAUGGAGAAAGCAGAAAACUAAGAGAAUAUGUGUGGUAAAUACCUUUUAUAAGGUCAUGAGUAACCCUUUCUUUAUGUUGAACCAAUCAGGGAUGAAACUUCUAAAAUGGUAACAUUUGUCCAUUUGCUUAAUUUAGAUUACCUUUCAUUGCUUUAUUUCAGUUUAACUGCUGCAGAGUCUUGUUUUAAGAGCAUCUCAAAUGUUGUAUAGGUAGCUUUGGUAUUACCUACAGUACAGUAUUUCCAUAUUCAUUUUUCUAGUUACAAAAAUUAACAUAAAUAGAAAACUUGACCAACCACAACUAAUGAAGAAAAUGAGGCAGAAUUAAUCGCUCUUUCCUUGAUUUGACAUAUAUAAUGUAGAAUAUAAUCUUGAAAGAAUCAGAAGCAACAAGAAAUCAGGACAUGAUGUGAAGAUGGUAAUCUUGUAAAGUCAUAUAUAUAUAUAUACAUAUAUAUUCAUUUGCAAAUAUUAUGACAUCUUGUUAUCCCUGAAACUCACACAGUGGCAGCAUGGACAAAAUGCACAUUAUGUAUGACCAUUUACAAAACGACCAAGCAAAAACACGUCAGAGACCUUCAUAUAACCUAAUUAAAAAACAUGUCAAGUUCCACUGCCGACUCUUUGCAUCAUUUAGGUAGACUGAACAAAUGCUAAUGCUAGACAGAUAAACUAUUAUGCUCAAUAUUUUAGCUUCACUAUUUGAGAGAAAAAUAUACCACUGAAAUUAUUUCUUUUUUCGACCACGUUUCUUCUUUUCUGGUGGAGCACCACGCUGUUUGUGUUGAGAUAAGCAGCGUGGACAGUACCAGUUCACGUCAUCAUUGGGGGGAACUUGAAUGCCGACACACACCCUGAAAAAUUAAAUCGGAGCUACUGACCUGGAAAGGUGUUAAUGUACAUUCCAGUAAUAAAUAUUUCUGCAGAAGCCUU